GUUGGAAAAACAGUUACAAAAGAAUAUACUGUUGGAUUAAAAGAUUCAAUUAAUGAUCUUAAUGCACUUGGAAGAACAAAAAGAGGGAAGACAACAAAACAAUCAUCUCAUAAUGAACCAAAUGCUUUCAAUCUUCAUUCUUUUAUUUUAGUUUAUACUUCAUUAUCUUCAUUAAAUAAUUAUUCUUUCUUUGAUGGAAAAAUCAAUGCUAUAGCAAUUGUUCAUUUAAUUAAUGGAAAAGUUAUUCCUAAUUGUUUAGGAAAUAUAUGGGUAUAUGUUAGAGAUUGGUCAGAAGAAGAUGGAAGAUGUGGGAAAUUUAAUGUUGGAAAACAAAAUGUUACAUGGUGUGGUGGAAAAUAUCAUCCAGAUCCUCUUCAUGAUGAUACUUCAAAAUAUUUAAAAAUCACACUUUAA